AUGUCGGCGCCCGGCGAAGCCACUUUGCCGCCUACGCGCCGCGCCAGGAAGUCCAUCGGUGUACACACAGAGCUGUCACGCAAAGAAAAUAAUAUAAUUGACGUUGGCGGCUCAUUGGCGGCCAGUCGCAAGUCACGGAGCAAGAGUAUAGGCCCGGGGGGGCUGGAUGCGCUCAGGCAAGGAACUGGCAACAGGCGCGCGUCUCUCGCUGUGCCGACCAAACUGCCUCGCUCGAUUCUGAAACCUUCAAUCUCUCCUCUGCCAGAGAUUCCGCCACUGAAGUCUAAAGCUUUGAGGAAAUCAGUAGGCGCAUCGGCACCUAGCGUACCGGAAGAUGAAUCAAGCGGAUCGAAAGUAGCUUUGAAGACAGAGGAAGAACAACAAGCCGCGGCCAAGGAAAGAGAGGAAAGAGAGAGGCGAGACGCCCGUCGAAAAUCGCUAGCCAAUCGCAGAGUCUCCUUUGCUGCUGAAGCAACUUUGCACACUUUCCACGAGGUGGAAUAUAUGCAAAAUCGAAAUGCAGCAGAAUCAAGAAGGAAGUCAGGCUCGGGAUUGGCUAAUCGAAACACCGACGCCCCAAUUUCAGCCGAAGACCAGAAUGUCAAGGGGAGGAGAAGUUCCCUUGCCACACAGAAUAUCAUCCAAAGCCAAGUUGACGCCCCAACGUCAAUCAUAUACAGCUCAGAUUCUGAACCUGCAGAUGCGGUGGAAGAAGUUGCGACCGACGAGGAGGAAGAGGUUGAGGAUGAAAACUCCAACAGUGAUUCUGAUGACGGCACAAUGAUGAGCCUUGAGACAGAAGAUAUUACUGGGACCACUGUGGCUUCUAGUCGAUCUAUAGAGGAUAUCGAGGAUGAAUCUACGCUGGACGAAGCUCUUCGCUUUGCUGCGCGACUCGCGGCGACUCAGCAGCUGGGCGAGGAAUCUGACGAUGGUGAGGAGAUCAUACCCUCAUUCGGUUGGGUGAAAAAGACGAACCAGCAGCCCUCUGCCUCCGCCUCUGCUGGCGAAAGCAAAGCGGCCUCGAAAUCUCCUUUGAACCGGCGCAGUAUUGGAAGAGAUGAGGACGGCACAGAGAUGGACAUGGACAUGGACAUGGACAUGGACAUAACUCAAGCAAUCGGAAAAAUUAUCAAGCCAUCUGCCGCGGAAGAGGCUGACAACGAACCGGAGCAAGACGUGUCAAUGGAUGUGACUCGGACCUUUGGCGGCGUCCUCUCCAAUAAAGAGAAUGAUGCGCCUCUUGAAUCCGGUGAGGUAGAUGGUGGUGCUAUGGAAGAGGCUACGAUGGAACUCACCACUGCCGUGGGGGGCAUCCGCUAUCCCCAAUUACGAGACAUCGACACCGACGAUGAUGAUGGAAACGAAGAUAUGUCGAUGGAAUUGACCAGUGUUAUGGGUGGCCUACUAGCACGUCAUCAAAAGGAGAAUGGGGCUGCUCGUCGCCAAACGUUGAAUCAAACGUCGAAACCAGAUGCAGAUGAUGCCACAAUGGACAUGACUGUCGGGUUGGGAAACAUUCUUUCAAAUGCUCAAAACAGCGUGGUCAACAAUAAAGCGGACGACGUCGAGGGCGAUGAUGACGCGACGACUGGAAUGGAUGUCACAAUGGGCAUGGACUUUACUACGGCCAUUGGCGGAAUUAUUAAAAAUACAUCCAGAGCUUUCCGAAAGAGCUUAUUUGGAACGAAAGCUAAUGAACCAGAGAAUUCUCAGCAGCCAAUGCCGACAGCUGAAUCACAGGUUCUUGAUGAGCAAAACACCCCCGUUCAAAAAUCGUCAACGAGAUUAUUCGAGUCUCCUGGUGCUGAAUUGCAGGUUACUCGAGGAGCUAAUCUGUUCCAGCAUGCUACUCCACAAGCACGAAAAGAGCAGCCCUUGAUCGAUUUCGCAACAACUCCGGUGACUCCUAACCUGUCAAAGACGCCAAAAUUAUCCAAGAUACCCAUAUUUUCAACGACUCCCAAGACUGCAACACCCAAAUCCUCGAGGAUGCCACGACAGGCUGCAUCAUCUGAAAAAGCACAGACGCCGACAUCACAGAGUCGUGUUCUUCGAUCAUCAGCCAGAAGCUCUACAUCGCAGAGAGCGAGCCGAACGCCAUCGCCGGUUAAAACAACUCCUAGAGCCGCUACGAAAUCAACCCCAAAGAGUGCUACAAAAUCAACCCCCAAGAGUGCUGCGAAGUCAACUCCACAGAAGAGCUCUACUCCUCGGCGGCUUUCGGGCCUUGGUGCAGAUCGAACUGGUCUAGGGUCACCUCAAGUAGCAGCUAUUUUCGAUCGUCGAGAGUCUCUGAGCGAUUCAGCAAGCAUAUUUGUCCCUGGAAAACGCACCGUUGCCUUUGACGAGCCUAAGGUAUCGGCCGCAGCGAAUGAUGAAAGUGAUGAAGGAAGCCAGCCGAGACUUGGUCGGCCUGAACCGCAAACGGAUAGAGAUGCUACACUUAACCUUAGAGAGAUGAUUGAUAGUAUGAGCCCCAAGCGAAAUCCCCUGAGAGGUCGGAAGAGUCUCCACAUUGGCAGUGCCAGGGGCCUUUUGGGCAAACGACCCCUUGAGUCGGACGAUGAAGAAGAAGCUGAGGAGAAUGAUGGUGUAAAGAGGUUGAAGGGGCGUGAGGGCAGCCCUGUGAAAAAUGUGAGACUUCAACUUCCACCGUCAAAAGAAGAGACAACCGGAAGACUCAGGAGGUCAAGUCGACUCAGCUUUGACUUUGCCGGAAGGACAUCACAGUCAGCUUUCUCAUCCCCUGUAAAAGGGGGCAAGUUCCUGGGAGCAGCAAGAGAAAACCAGACGGUUCACGAUGUCCAAAUCCAUCAGCUGCCUAUGGAGACAGUGGAGGAAGGCCAGAUGCACCUUCAAGAUUUCCUAGACCUCACCUCAAUUCGCUUCAUGGAGCUUACAACGACGAAACGACGCCACACAAUUGCUCCAAGAACUUCCCAAAGUGGCAUUUUGCCGGAUGGAGAAGAUGAUCGAUCCCUUGAGCGGUGCGUUGUGGCUGGUGCUUGUACUGUACCGAUGCUGGAAUUAUAUCAGCACUCUUGCCGAGAGUUGAAGAAGUAUAUCUCCGAGGGUCGAAGAAUAGUGAAAGAGAUUGAAACCGAAACUUUUGAAGACAACCCCCCACUAUUUCAGGAGUACAUAUCUGCAACCCCUGAGGUUAAGGCAUUGAUGGACAAUCAAUUCAAAAACGUUAGAACUCAUUCCCGUCACCUCAGCAAGGCCAUGUGGUACGAAUGGAGGAUGAAGCUUCAGGAGGGACUGAAGGAGGGCCUUGUCAGCAUCUCAGGUGGCAUGGAUGACGAUGUCAGAAUCAUAGAAGAGCAAGAGGCCCUUCUAAAGUCUGUGAUGCCCAGCCUCGUGGGUCGGUAUGAAUCAUUACAAGAAGAAAGCAACAAUCUUGAGGAAGCUGCCAGAGAACUGGCCGACUGCGAUCCUGCUGAGCUCCAAGCCACUCGAGAAGAGCUGGUCAGUUUGGACGAUGAUAUUGCUCAGAAGAAGAAGCUUAUUGCCAAGCUUCGGCAAGAGUUUGAAGCUUCAGAGGCUAAUGUGGAAGAGUUGGUGGGUCGAAAAGCGCAGUGUCUUGUCGAAAUACAGGAAUCUGAGAAAAUCAGAGAGGAGUGCCGUGGCUGGACCAGCACCGAGGUGAACAAUCUUAAAGCUCGAGUAGGGGCUCUUGAAAAGGAGCACGGUUGGGCGGUGACAGGAAUCUCGGGACCGACGCUCUCUAUGACGUACAAACGAGAGAUUGAACUCGUCGUCGAUAUCACAGCCUUCCAGCCACAGCAGCCGAGUUCACGUAUAGACUUGUGGUACAUUGCUGACAGUCGUGAGAUAAAUCCUCAACCAAAGACACCAGAAAAAGAAUUCCUUCUACAAUGUAUACGCGAUCACAUUCGAACAAUUUCCCAAAGCGGCACAAAGCUGUCGCACAUCCUCAAAAUAGUGCAAGCUGCAUGGGACCACUCGAAUUGGAUUUCUCGAGAAGUUGGACGCAUCAAUGUAACGUUUCCAACAAAAGUCACCAAGACAUCUGACUCUAGUAUUGCUGUUACUAGUUCCCUCCUUCUAGCGCCUCUGGAAACGCGAGUCGAGGUGGUAUUUCAUCUCAGAGGGUCCAGUGGGCCGGAAGGGGUGGACGUGAACGUUUCGACAGACGCCAAAGUUGUGUAUGGAGAACAAUUCAAUGUGGGCAAAGUGGGAGAGUUUUUGGCGACCAGGAUAGGGAAAAGUGUCGGAGCUGAGGGUGAGCCGUGGAGCAAUGUAGUGGUUGAACUAUAUAACAAGCUCAUUGCUCGGGGGAAGAAGCAGUAG